GUCGGGACCAAUGCGACCUUGUGCGUGAAGAACGCCUUGCCGUACUUGAAACUCUUCUUCUUCGUUCUCUUAAAAAAUUCCUCUAUUAUUUGGUGAAAUCUUAGCUUUACGCUCCUCCAAGGCUUGGGAAAAGUAGGCGAUUAACCAAAAGCUGUAUUUCAGGCGAUGAAGACCAGGCGUUCUGCCGCUAAGGGAGUCCAGGAAAGCAGAAAAGGCCAAGAAACAAAUACAACCACAUGUGAGGAAAACGAGAUUGUAGAGGCGGAGGAGUGUGUCGCUUCGGCCCUUGCUGCUCUACCGGAGUCAGUUGCUUCAAACUCAGAUCUGGUAAAAGAAAAUGGCGACCAGUCUCAGGUACAUUCAAAUGGAAAUCAUGAGAAUUUAGAGGGAAAUAUCACAAUCGAGACAAUUGAUAGUUCACAAGCUGCUACUGCAUCUACUGUUGAUGGAAGAAGUAUUGCAUUGGAGGCGACAGCUCUCCCUGAAGGUGGUACCCUACUGCUAGACAACAAACAAAAUGCUCCUGUGGAAGACCAGCAGACUGUGCAGUUCCAUACCGUAGACAUUCAGAAUCAGUCACUAACACCCUUUACAACAGGUGAAAAUUCUGCAACUCUACUGUAUUUGCUGAAUGCUUCCAGCUUCCCGCCAGGGACAGAAGCUGUCACAUUGACAGUGGGCUCAAGUUCUGGUGGCUCUCUCCCCAGCACUAUGCUCGUACCACAGUCUUAUUCUACCGUUACAACAACCUCCUCUACAACAACUGUUGGAAGCAGUGUCAUAGAAAAAGCAAUGGACCUUGCUGAUUUAGAUGAGGCAACCAUUAGCUCCCGUCACCCUGCUACUAAUGCCGCCUUGACGCUUGUGUCGCUAGGCUCUGUUACGAGUAAUCUAAUGCAUGAGGUUGUUGUGGAUGAGAGUGGUAACAGUAGUAGCUUUCUGAGUAGCACCCCUGUCGAAGGACCUUCUGUAACUGUUGACAGCAUGGAGGUUGAACAGUCACCCCAAGGCAACACCAACCAGGAAAACAACCAAGACACCCAGCAACAACAGAGUCAAGCCCCGACCCAGCAGCCUCAGGGAACUGUUACGCAAGUCUCAUUCAGUAAGGUGGAAGUCUGUAGAGUGCGUGAAGUGAUUACUCAGACUGGAGACGAGAAGGAGGAGGUGAUCGUUGGGAGCAUAAGAGAGGAGCAGAGAUCUACAAAAAUUGGCCAGCUCUCUAUUAAAAAGAGUAAUAGCAAAACACCAGCAGAUGAUCGCACAAGAGAUCAUGAAUGUCCAACAUGUGCAAAAAGAUUUUUUACCAAGAAUGAUCUCAAGAGACACGGUUUUACCCAUUCUACUGAAAGGCCGUAUUCGUGUGAGGUGUGCCAGAAGGCAUUCCGUACUACUAACGAGGUCAAGCUUCACAUGGCUAUACAUGUUUCAGGGACGCCCUACAAGUGUGAAUAUUGUGGCAAGGAGUUCAGAACCAAGGGAUGCAUCAAAGCACAUAUCAAGUACCACAUAGGUGACAAACGGCACAAGUGUUCAAUCUGUGGCCAUGCAUUUGUGAAAAGUGCAGACCUGAAGCGCCACGUAGCUGCUCACAACAAUGAAAAGAACUACAAGUGUCCAGAAUGCGGAUCAGCUUUCACCAGGCAGGACAACCUCAAGGCGCACAUGAUGCUCCAUAGUCGACAGGGCGUGGUCUCCUGUGAUAAGUGCCACAAGGAGUUUAUAAACCAAAUCUACCUGAAAAGACACAUGCAUAUACACAAAGAGGCAAAGAAGAAACCCUACGAAUGUCAGUGGUGCCCUAAGACCUACGAGAACCUGGAGGGCCUACGACGACACAUCAAACAGCAUGUUGGCGAUGAGAAGUUUGUCUGUGAGCAGUGUGACAAGAAAUUCAUCACAGCAAUCCAGUUGAAGCGGCAUCUUUGGCUAUCUCAUGAAGAGGGUAGUCCAUAUAGGCGGUCUAUACUCUGAAGUCUGGUUUAUAUUCUGGUCAAUACUUUGAGGGCCAGUCUAUAAUCCAAGGCCUGGUCUAUACUCUGAAGCUAGGUUUAUUAGCAUACUCUAAGGCUCGCUCAGUAUAAAGCAGUCAGUUGAUGUUCUAAAGCCUUUGUUCAAGACAUUCCCUUCUCUAUAGCCAUUCUGUAUCUAUGGACAGUAAAAAAAAAUCCCAACUGCACCUGGGAAUGUAUUGGAAUAGCAGUAGACAGGAACUGCCCCUGCAGUUUAAUUAGGGCCCCUAUUUGUUGACUUUUUCUCAAAACAAUAAUGCUCUUUAACAUCAAGGUCUGUAUUCUAAAACACAACAACAUAGCUGUUGCUGUUGAGAGGACAAUCUUGAUUUUCUCAAUUUCGGGAUUCUCAGUGGAUAGCCUUUAGGGCAUGUAUACCUUAAUAAUUAUUUCAGAAAUGUGUCUUCAUCAUUGUGCAAAUACUGUACAGAAGAUUUAGCAAGGGCAGGAAGAACAGAUUUAUUAGGCUAAAUUCUGAUGAUAAAAUCAAAACCUGGUCAAGAUAAAUAGCAUAACCUGAGCGGCCCCCCAUCAUGCAUUGGGGGCCUGCUAGCUGAAACAAGCCUGACAAAUAAAAAAAGGCAGAAGUCAGCCUAACAAAUUCUGUUUAUCUUGCGCUUAACAAUGCCAGAAAUUUGAUGGUUUUGUUGGUUACUGGGAGUGUUGGUAACUGGGAAUGUUACAAAAGAAAAAAAAAGGCAGUAAACCUUUCAUGGAUUUAGAAGUAUAACCAUUCUAGUAAGAAAGUGUAGGUUGUAAGAGGAAAAAAAAAUUGUGUUAUGUUUUUUCAUUUGACUUUGAAACUAUUUGAUUUAUUACAUAUUUCAUCACAUUUUCCAAUCAUAAUACAAUACACUAUACUAUCUAUUAAAGAAUAAUUUAGUCUUG